UGUGGGAACUCGUCAAUCAAGUGGUAGAGCUCUUCUCGUUAAAGCACACAGCAACUCGCUUCUUUAAGGGCCUUUUUGCCCAAGUUUUAUUUAAAAGAAGUUACAUAACACAAAUGCUUCCCACACAGGGGUAUCCACGAUCAAACAAAUUCAGCCUUCUGGCUCUUUCCAGCUACACAGCUCAGUGUCUGUCUCUUGCAGCCAUCUUCCCAAAUUAUGACCACUAGCACACAGCUAGUCUGGCUUCCACCUGCCUCCAAGGCAGAGACCUCCCGUCUGCCAGGCUGGAGCCCUCCUGACUCUGUUUGCUGGGGAUGGAGCCCAGAAUCAUGGCCUGGUCCCCCUAAAAGGCCUGCACAACCUGUGCAAUCAGCACGCUGGCUGCUCCCAAAAUAUGGGCCCAGGAUUGGAGAUUUCAUUCCCUCCCAAAUCUCUAAGGAAAUCUCCAGGCUACAGGUCCCAAAACAGGCUUUACCAACCAAAGAGGAAAUUGAUAAACCAGUUUCCUCUGCAUUA